GUAGUGAGCUUCAUAAUGCGUUCUCUUCAAAGGACGAAAGAAGAAGAAGUAAAGAGGGUAUCCGUCUUUGCUUGGGAACUGAAGAUUAUCUUCUUUCCGAAGGAACAAGGUAUGGAGAAGACUGCAUCAUCAACCGAAGCUGCUGCUGCUGUUGCCGAUGCCAAAAUAUCAUCAAUCUUUAUCUAUCCCAUCAAAUCAUGCCGUGGAAUAUCUGUUCCUCAAGCACCCCUCACUCCUACUGGCUUUCGAUGGGAUCGGCACUGGCUCGUUGUGAAUCAGAAAGGGAGAGCAUAUUCUCAAAGGGCUGAAGCCAAGCUUGCUCUAGUUGAGGUGAACCUUCCAAAGGAGGCCUUCUAUGAGGGUUGGGAACCCACCGAGAACACCUAUAUGGAAAUAAAAUCCCCUGGAAUGGAUUUACUCAAGAUCUCACUUUGUAAACCACCACAAGUGGUGGCAGACGGUGUUUCAAUUUUGGGAUGGUCUGGCUCUGCUUUGGAUGAGGGUGAUGAGGCUUCAAAAUGGUUUACGGAUUUUCUUGGGAAACCCAGUAGAAUGGUUCGUUUUAAUGCAGCAUCAGAAACUAGGCCUGUGGAUCCUGUGUACGCUCAAGGGCAUUCCAUAAUGUUUUCUGACCAGUACCCAUUCAUGCUAACAUCUCAGGAAUCUUUGGAUGCACUGAACAAGCUUCUCCCGGAACCUGUACCGAUUAAUCGUUUCAGACCCAACAUCCUUGUUGCCGGUUGUGAGCCAUUUUCCGAAGACCUGUGGACAGAGAUUCAGAUAAGUCGAUUCUCAUUUCAAGGUGUUAAACUAUGCGCCCGCUGCAAGGUACCUACAAUCAAUCAAGACACCGCGAUUGCUGGCCCGGAACCGAAUGAAACUCUUAUGAAAGUCAGGUCGGAUAGGGUUCUACGACCGGACAAGAAACAGCAGGGGAAGAUCUACUUCGGGCAGAACUUGGUUUGCAAGGAAAGUCCAACUGAAGGGAAGGCAAAGAUGGUUAAAGUGGGAGAUCCUGUAUAUGUUAUAGAUAAAGUCUCCACUGCUGCUGAAGCAGCUGCUUGAAUGCGGAGCAUUAUUCGAAUAAUAAGAGCCGUAGCUCCUGAUAUGAGACUUAGGAUCAUAUUAUCUAGUAAUUCGAGUAGGGUCGUAAAGGAAUGCGUGUUUAAAUAAAAUUAACUUUCGAGUUCGGAAUAAACUUUUAUAAAAAAAAGAAGUUUUAGCUGUUUAAGGUA